UGCUCUGUUUUUGGUGAGAACCAUAUUUAAUAGUUACUGAAGAGAUGGGUGUGGACGACUGUGGUGUGUGUGGCAAGGAAGUGACCGACAGUGGUGUAUGUUGCGAGAGGUGUGAGGUGUGGUCUCACCAGCCAUGUGUAAACAUGAAGACCUCGCGGCUUCUGGAACACACCCUGAUCGUGUUCCUUUGCACGGUGUGCCUGGACACCAGCAGGAAAGAAUGGCGGAGUGAAAAGCACGACAAGACGGUUCAGACGGAACCCAGCGUGGAGGAAAAGGCUGUUCAGACAACGGUCGUGCAAGCCGCCCCAGCGAGUGAGCCUGCCCCCAAGAUCGGCGUGGCGGACAGGGCAGUCCAGGCUGCCCUGUCUCCCAGGGCCGGACUUGAGCGGCGGGACCUAGAGGACAGGAGUAUCCAGACCGAAGAAGCCCGGAGGAAGAAGACAGUGAAGAUGGAAGUGAAGAAGACUCCAAUCCGCAUUAUAGGCGACAGCAUGGUUAAGAAUGUCCACGUGCAUGUGAAGUGCAAGUUGGAAGGAAGUGGCAUCACCAGCAUGAGUGGUGCACAGAUACCGAACAUCAGAAAGAAAGUACAGGAAGAAGCUGCUGGAAUGAAGGAUGGCCUCCUGAUCAUACAGGGCGGUGGGAACGGCCUGCAGUAUGUGGGUCAGGAGGACACCAUCAAGGAAGUCAUAGACUCUGUGAAGGCAGCAGAAGGACGAGGCAUGAAAGUGGCAGUAGUGGGCAUCAUGAGAAGACCGAAGGCAGGACCCGACUAUGAGAAGAUGCGACGGACGACUAACAGGAAGAUCCAGGAAGAGGUGAUGAAGCUGAAGAUGGAGUGGUUGCAGGAGAAGAAAGGCGACGUCAGCUUCAUCGACCUGGACAAGGCACUGGAGAAGGACGCGGUGUUUGCUGCGGACGGUGUCCACCUCAACGAAGAGGGGACGAGACGGAUGGGACAGCGGCUGUGUGAGUGGGUGAAAAUGAAGUCCCUCCGUCCGGUAGAGGCUGUAUGAAUGGGCCCGAAUGCC